CUGGGGCUGGGAAGUCGGUAUUAGCUUCGAAUGUUAUCGAGACAGUUAUCGAAACUUUUGGCCCAGAAAAAGCAGUCGGAAUAUGUUACGCCUAUUACGAUUACACCGUCGCAAGCUCGCAAGGUUUUGUGCGUACAAUUUUGUCCCUUAUUAAGCAGUUAUGCCGGACGUCAGCAAUUCCCGACGCCUUCAAGAGCAUAAAGCGGAAUGCCGACCCAGCUUCUACAUUAGGCGACCAGCAUGGUUUUUCAACAGUUGCCAAAAGUUUCACAGAAGUCUUUGUCAUGAUCGACGCGCUCGAUGAAUGCCCUGAAGAUGAAGAGAGACCAAAGAUCCUUCGAUUCCUUACGGAAGUGAUGAAAGAACUACCUCUGGUGCGGGUUUUUAUCACCAGUAGACGGGAAGCAGACAUUACAUAUACGCUUGAAUCUCGUGGAACGCCAACCAUACAGCUCGAGGCCCGCAACAUGGCCGCAGACAUCGAGAAGUAUGUGAGCAAUAAAAUUGAAAGACUACAGUCCGGCCUAGACGGAAGGAAACUCUACGUCAAAGAUGAAUGCCUCGUGCAGAAGAUAAUUGCUACCCUUACAAAUAGAGCUGACGGAAUGUUUCUCUGGGUGGAUCUUCAACUGCGACAGUUAUGCAAAGCCAGCGCAAGACGGAGGGAUGAAUACGUGGAACAAGCCUUGGACAAACUACCAUCAGGUCUAGACGCUACCUAUCGUAGAAUUCUGGAGCAGAUUCAGAGUUAUGACGACCAUAUGAAGGACCUCGCAUUUAACUGCCUUAUGUGGGUUUUUUAUGCGCAACGACCCUUAACAAUGGCCGAACUGCAACACGCUAUUGUUGUUAUCGACACUCAUAUAGCCUCACGAAAUUCGGGACCAGUGGCAGAGGAUGAAGAAGCAAUACUUUCCGCGUGCGCAAAUCUAGUCGAAAAAGGCCCUGAAGGGGUAGUCCGGCCUAUCCACUAUUCAGUCAAGGAAUUUUUCACCGAUCCCGCUCAAGCAGCUUCCGGUAUGCCAGUAUACAUUAACCGAGUUUCCCAUAUCCAUCAAAAGCUUGCAGAAGCUUGCAUCAACGAGUUGCAACUUAGGCUCUCAUCCGGGCCGUCCACAUAUUGGUACGACUUAAAACGCUGUAUUGAAAAAGCUCCGUUUGUAUGGUAUGCAGCACACCAUUUCGAUGGUCAUUUGCUUGAAGCAGGCGAUCUAUCGGAGGAAUCGAUGCACAAGCUCAAUGGGUUUCUAAGCCUUGGAGACGGCUUCAUUGCUGCCGUACAACAGUUACGUGCUGUUAACGGUUACCCUAGUAACCAAUAUUUUCCGGACACAUAUCAGAACUUCGUUCACCUUCGCCCUGCCGAUAGUAUUUCACUAGUUUUUAGUUCACAGCUUUUCCACCUCGGAUGUUUAAAGGAUUAUCGGCAAAGAAAGAACUUGCCAAAAGGCUUAAUCUAUCAGGCCGCUUCUUCCGGCCAAAUAAAAGCUAUUAGGCAGCUCAUUGAGUAUGGCGUCGAUGUCAACGAGAAAAACGAAAUGGGAGUAGGAGCACUUUAUCCUGCGGCAGCUAACGGCUUCGUAGAGAUAGCUGCACUUCUGGCUAGCAAGGGUGCCGACGUCAACGCGCAGGGCGGCUUCUACGGCAAUGCUCUCCAGGCUGCUUCUUCCGGGGGCCGCGAGAAGAUC